AUGAUUAAAAUCAUGGGCAUCAAGGCAAGUGUCGACGCGGACACGCCGUGUAAGCGGGUAGAUUUUUCCAUCGAAGGCAUGGGAGAUAUUUAUUCAAUAAAGGGAGCUUUGGCCGUGUCAUCAGUGAACUUACCAACGCAGUCUUUACCACGCGAGUUGGUCCGUCAAAUCAGCAAAGAGCUGGGUAUAUUUAUUCAAGUGUACGACAACGUGGUUCCAUCAAUUCUUAUUGGGCAGGAUAAUUGGGAGUUGCUAGUGAGUCGCGAAGUUCGUUGCAUGCAAGAUUUAGGUAUCGCACUGUCACUGACGCGGCUAGGGUGGGUGGCGCACGGACACGUGCAGCCGAGCCAACAUGUAAAUAGCAAGGACUCGCGUGAGCGAGCACUAGAAACGAGUGCUCAUGUAUCUUGCGUCACCUGCGUGGAACAAACCGAAGGGCUCGAAGCUUUAGUCCGCGAAUAUUUUAAAAUCGAAAGCAUGGGAGUGCGCGAAGUUGAACGCGUCGAUCCCGCGCAAGCGCGUGCGUUGGAGACGCUACAAAGGACCAGUCGACAGGUAAAUGUAGGUUGGGAAACUGGCCUACUGUGGAGGAGUAAUACUGCCCCAGCUCUUGACAGUCGCGCUACGGCCUUGAAGCGACUGCAUAGCAUCGAGAGGCGAUUAGACCGCGAUCAAGAGUACGCUCGCUUGUAUUAUCCUGAAAUGGAGCGACUCAUCGCACAGGGCUACGCGCGAGAGGUGGACAACGAGACGACCACCUCGCGCGUGUGGUAUCUUCCCCACUUUGGUGUGGUAAACGCAGCUAAGCCCGGCAAAAUUCGGAUAGUUUUUGACGCCGCAGCCGCCACAAAAGGCGUGAGUCUUAAUGACCAGUUAGAUGCAGGCCCCGACCUCCUGCAGUCGCUUCCCGGAGUGUUACUGAGAUUUCGGCAAUAUGCAGUCGCGUGUAAGUCAGACAUCCGCGAUAUGUUCAUGCGAGUGUAUAUUCGACCCGAGGAUAGGAGCGCGUUGAGAUUUUUGUGGAGAGGAGCAUCGCGAGAUAAGAACCCUCACACUUACGAAAUGACUCGAUUAGUGUUUGGCGCUAAGUCAUCUCCGUGUAGCGCACACUUCGUGAAAGACACAAACGCGCAGCGCUUCGAGACAACCAAGCCAGAGGCGGCGCGUAGUAUUAUAAAAAACUCUGACGUUGACGACUUCCUCGUGAGUAGACCGAGUGUAGAACAACUAGAAGCGCUUGUCGAGGAUGUAGUGGGAAUUAACCGGCAGGCUAAUUUUGAAAUGCAUGGCUGGGCAUGCAACGAGGUGAUGAGGGUAGGAGGGCCGCAGGGAACAACGUCGGCGCGGCAGGAGCGAGCCAUCGUAUUGUGCGACAAAGCCGCGGAACGCGUACUCGGUAUGUACUGGGACCCGAAAGUAGACACGUCAGGGUUAAACGUAGGACUGACACAUGUUCCUGCAAAUAUUCUACAGGGAUGUGUCCGACCUACGAAACGCGAAUAUCUACGUUUUAUGAUGUCGGUGUACGACCCGCUCGGCCUGCUCGAACCGUACACCACUAGGUCAAAAUUAAUCCUGCAAGCAAUCUGGCGUAGUGGGAUCGGAUGGGACGAACCCCUUCGCGACGAAGAGGACGAGGCGUGGCGUGAGUGGCUAGACACGGUGAAAAAGUUAAACUCUUUGCGCGUAUCAAGGUGUAUAACCCCCAAGGGGCGAGAUAUUAAAGAAGCGCAGAUACACGUGUUCUGCGACGCUAGCACGCGCGCUUUCGCGGCAUGUGCUUAUCUCCGAUGCGAGACGACGGGAGGAUGCAUAAGUGUUACAUUAUUAAUGGCAAAGUCCCGCGUCGCGCCGGACAAACCACAUUCAGUGCCAAGGUUAGAGUUGCAGGCCGCAGUGCUGGCGUCGCGGCUCUUAAACACUGUGAGUUCCGAGAUAGAAAUUCCCUAUUCUUGUGCGUACCUCUGGUCCGACUCGCGUACGGUGCUGCACUGGAUCCAGAGGGAUCCACGGGUUAGACAGGCUUUCGUGGCUCAUCGUUUAGGCGAAAUCUCCGAAAGAACCGCCAACGCGAAGUGGAAGUGGGUACCUACUAAGGAAAACCCGGUGGAUGCAGCCACGCGCGGGAAGCAGUUAAGUGAGAUCGAAGAGAAGCGCUGGUUCCGAGGACCCAACUUUUUGGUACUACCUGAAACUCAGUGGCCGACCGCACGAGAAUUGACGCAUAAAGAAAGGGAGGUAUUAGAAGGGGCAGAGCGACGACCGGAGAGAGUUGCACUAGUGGUAGGUAGUUCGAAUUAUGUGCCUUUUGUAGCUCGCGUUUUUGGCUGGGAGGGGCAUUUACUCGCGGCGCAAAGAGUACGUAGGGCGUACAUGCGUUGGAAACAAGUAAAGGCAGCGCGCGUAGCGCGAAGCAAAGGACAAGAGCUAUUGCAGCAAGCUCAGACGAAAGAUCAAGAUCUAGCGCGACAGUUAGACGAGGAGUACGUCCUACGAGCAGCACAAGGGGAUAGUUUCGCACGGGAACGUCAUGCGCUUGCAAAGGGACAAAAGAUUUCAGCUGGGAGUAAAUUAAUCCCAUUUUUGCCGUUCUUAGAUGACCGUGGUUUGAUUAGAAUCAAGGGUCGUGUGACUUGCGUGGCGGGCGCCGAGUUUAAUCAUACUCCGAUAGUGUUGGAUGGAAAACACAAUACCGUUAGGGCUAUCGUGCGGAAGCUGUAUUACCGCUGGCAACAUGGUUAUCACGAAACAGUCGUGAACGAGCUGUUGCAACGGUACGUCGUCUUCGGAGCAAGGCCCGCGCUGAGAGCUGUCUGCAACCAGUGUUUGAUUUGCAAGAUGCGACGUGGUCGUCCACAGCCGCCACUAAUGGCUGCUUUGCCUGAAGGAAGGCUGGCGUAUCGGCAGCGCCCGUUCACGCACUGUGGGGUGGAUUAUUUUGGUCCCAUGUUGGUAAAGAUAGGACGCAGCCGCGUCAAACGCUGGGGAGUCCUUUUCACGUGUCUGACGACACGAGCGGUGCACUUGGAAAUUGCGUGCAGUUUAGCCACAAGCUCGAUGAUUAUGGCGUUACAGCGAAUGGCAGCGCGGCGAGGCUGUCCAGCGGUGAUUUAUAGCGACAACGGGACCAACUUCCGCGGCGCGUGCACGGAGCUCCAGACGGAAGUAGCUCGCUUAGACAGACAGCGACAAAAGGAGUAUGCGUCAAAAAACGGCAUACGCUGGUUCUUCAGCCCACCCGAAGCGCCCCAUAUGGGCGGCUCCUGGGAAAGAUUGGUUAGAUCGGUGAAAGUUGCGCUUCACGCGACGCUUAAGGACGAGGUGCCUUCCGAGGAAGUUCUGUGCACGGUGCUCGCCGAAGCGGAACAUGUAGUGAACUCGCGCCCUCUUACGCACGUGUCGGUGCAUCCCGGGGACGGGGAAGCGCUUACUCCCAAUCACUUCCUCAUAGGAACAGCGAGCGGUUCGGUGAAUUUGGCCGCCUAUAGUUUACCUCAUCAAUGGCAUCUCCGAAUAUUCCUUGACAAUCAUGAAACUAUCAAAGUCUAUGUUGACUUUGAUAAGUACUUCCAGUAUCUCUUGACGAUUGAGAAACCUCUAGAGUAUUUCUUGACUAUUAAGAAACAGUCUGUAUGGAACAAGAUCCAAGUAUCCAACAGGAAAUAA